AUGAUGGAUGAUGGGGGAAGCCAAGGGAUUAAGAAGGUGCAUUUCAGGGAUUCGUCCUCCCAGCACCCUAUAGUUACCUACAAGAGGCGCCGGCAGCAGAAGCCACAGACACAGCAGCAACUGCCGCAGUCACCACCACCACAGCAGCAGCAACCGGAGCCACAGCCACAGCUGCAGCCGCUGCCGCUGCAGCAAAUGGAGCCACAGCCACAGGUGGAGCCGGAGCCAAAGGCUGGAGAUGUGCUGGCACAGCAGUUUCCAAUGUUGCGAGCAAGGGAUAUUGGCUGGGAGCAUGCUGUGGAUCUUGAUGGAAAUAAAAGACGGUGGCAAUGCAAGUUCUGUUCUCUUUGUCGAAGUGGUGGUGUAACUACUUUGAAGGCUCAUCUCAUUGAUGACAGCUGCCCAAACGUUCCAAAGGAAAUUUCAAAGAAAGUAUCAAACUUCAUUGAAGAGAAAAGAGCAACACGCCUUCUUUUGAAUAAUUAUGUCUUUAAUGUUGAUGAGGAUUUCAACACACAAGUUCAAGGAGAAGUGACUGUAGAAUAUGUAAAUGAACAACAACCUUCGAGAAAUACUACAUAUGUGCAAACAUUAGAUAAGGGUGCUAUUAAUGAGAUAGCAGCUGGAAGCAAGCAAUGUGGUGCAGAAAGUAGUGGCCAGCCAGUUGAGCGUUGUGAUCAGCCUGAAGAGCAGUGCACAAUGGAUUAUGGCAGGAUGGAUCAAGUGACUAGCAAUAAGAACCAGAUUUUGGACAAGAAUACUGAGAAUUCAAAAAAUACCAAGAUGUUGAAACCAUGCCGGAAAAGUGAGUUUAACACAAGGAAGCACAUAAUUAUUGUUGAUCAAAGUGCGAGGCAUUGGAGGUGUAGAUACUGUGGCAUGGAUGGGUAUGGUAAAAAGUUUUGGCUCCAUUAUCAUCUAGCUGGUGCAUUUCGUCGGCCUAAGUGUCCAAAUGUUCCUAGAGAAGUCUUUGCAAAAGCAAGACGCCAUGUUCUGACAAAGAGAAGGCUAAAAAAGAAUAAAGCUGAGCAACAAAUUCCUUCCAGUCCACAUAUUCUUGGCCAAUCCAGUGAAGAACGGCAGAACAAUGAUCCAUUAUGUGGGAAUCAGUCUCAACUGUCAAUAAACAAUGAACCUAGGGAGGUACACAAUUACCCUGCAGUGCUAAGGGACAGUGCAUGGGAACAUUCUCUGAUAUAUGAGAAAGAAAACGGAAACUGGAAGUGCAAGUGGUGCAGUAUUGAGGGUGAUCAUGGUUUAACUAGAUUGAAGUGGCAUCUUGUUGGAUGGCAGAACCACCCUCAGUGCCCAAAUAUUCCAAUGGAUGUUGCUGAAAAGAUGAAGGAUCAAAUGAUGUCAAAGGAGGAGCAGAAAGCGAGAUCAGGUUUAUUUGACGGUAAUGGCUAUUGUGACGUGCUGUGCUCUUCUAAGAGUUCACAACUUGAUCAGGACCAUCUCACUGCAACAAUACAUGACAGAUGUUCUUCCCAGGCUUUUGACCAAGCUAACAGUGAAUUAAAAGAAUGCAACAUGUUAUCCAGUACUACUCUUCUUUCAAAAGAGAGUUCCAAUCCUCAGGUGCAUCAUGAGGAUCCUCAGGUGUGUCAUGAGCAAGAGAGGAAUGAGGUUGCCACCUCUUCAGAACCUGGCUGUGAGCAAGGUCAGAGGAUGCACUGGCAGUCGCAAAAUAAGCCAAUGAUGGAAGAAGGACCUCAUGGGAAUGGAUUAUGUGGUGACACAACCAAGUUGGAGGAACAAAGAAGUGACUUUGGAAUUAGUGACUGCUGGAGAUAUGUGUUGGAUAGACUAAUGCAUUUGCCUGAUGUACAAGAGGAUGCUGGAAUUGGGACAUGCAUCCGCGAUGCUCUUCUCUAUGGUUGUGCUGAAUUUGGCACAGUAGCUGACAAAGUGGAAAUGGAUCGUGAUAAAACAGUGAAUGCGAACACUGCUAGGUGCCAGAAUAUUCUUAUGGAUGUUUUAAGAUCGGAGAACUUUGCUUUGUUGUGCACUGUACUCUGCAGAACUGUACAUCAAGAUGGGGAAAGAACUAGAUAUUUUGAUUUUGGUCUGAUUGAUUCAAGGAUGAAAAAUGGAAAUUAUGGGCAUGAACCUGAAUUAUUCGUGCAUGAUCUGAAACUGUUAUGGGAAGAUCUUAAAGUGGCUGGUCAAGAUAUUAUUCACCUAGCAAAUAAUCUAUCAAGCCUCACAGAGGACUCCUACAAAAAGCUGGUUGGAAGAGAGAGAGGAUCAGAUGAUGGUGAGCUCAAUGGAGCUGUGGUGGCCAGGUCUGAACCCAAAAACCUAGUUCAAUCAAAUGCAUUGGUACCCUUGACCUCACAAGGCUUUAACCAAUUGGAUGAACCUGGGCCUUCUGAUCUUUCUGAUGUAUAUAAAGACAGUAUCUGCAACCAAUGUGGAAAAGAAGCAAGAGCCGGUAGCGUUCUCAAAUGUUAUAGGUGCAUGCUACCUUGCCACAUUUCAUGCAUUGAGGCUACUGAUUCAUCCAUUUCAACUGGAAGGUGGUGUUGUAAAAACUGCAGCGCUGGCUCUAAGGAACCAGUUGAAGGAGACAUGGUCUUAGCCCAUUACUAUCCAAAUUGCUUGCAUGAAAAUUGUGUUGUCUGCGAUAGACUGGCGGCCUGCAGGUCUCCAAAAUGUGAAGAUGCACCUAAUGAUAACUCAAGAGCAAUGGUCAUUUCCAGUGUGGACUCCUUCGCUGACCCAGAACUGCUAGAGAUUGAUACAUGUUACUCAUGCAAGAUAUGUGGAGAUACUGAAGAGGAUGAGAAGAGGUUCUUGAUAUGCGGCCACGUCCACUGCCUAUACAAGUACUACCACAUUCGGUGCCUGAAGUCCAAGCAGAUUUCAAGCAAUGUCCAGCGGGACCAACCGUGCUGGUACUGCCCAUCUUGCCUUUGCCGAGUUUGUCUGUCUGACAAAGAUGAUGAUCUGACCAUCCUGUGCGAUGGCUGCGACGAGGCUUACCAUCUCUACUGCAUUACACCUCGCCGUACUUCGAUACCCAAGGGGCAUUGGUAUUGCUCAUCGUGUAGCGUGGAGAGAGCAAAAGAGGGGAUGAGACAGUAUGAGAGGACGCUGAAACAACACCAGAAGGACGAUGCAGGACUGCAAAGUUGGAAUUAUGAUGGUGUGGACCUGCUACUAUCUGCCGCAGAGCAGCUCAGAGAAGAUGAGCAGCUGGUGACUCGUACAAAUUAG